UCAUCUCUUCAUUUUGCAGAAUCUUCUCCCACCUCCAAUUCUAACAAACUCAACAGAUCAUAGGCGGAUAAUAGCACAAUGGAGCAUCACCUAGACUAAUUUUUCUGCACGUUUUUUUUUUUUUUUCUAUUAUAAGUAUAGAAAGUUUUAAUCAUUGUAAUCAGCUUUUUUCAAACAUCAAUGAAAUUAUCUCUUCUCUUCUUCCUUUUUCUGGUGUUUUAUAAUUCUUAAGAUACAUCUUUGUGUACUGAUUUUUGUUUUAUUGCCUUGCUGAUUGGAAGAACCCUUGUGUGUUCUUUUAGUGUAUUGAUUGUUUUGUAUUCAAAAUUGACAGGGUAAGAGCUUGUAGAUUUACAAUCAAUUAUUAGUUUUGUAUUUUGUUUGAGUCUCUCUUGUAAACUUUUGGGUUUUUGAUUUAUGACAGGGAGUUUUUGAUCUUGAUGGUCAGUAGUGUAGCUUGUAAACCUUGAAAAUGGAUGGAAGUUUUCCAACUAGCCUUGGUUCCUGCAUGAUAUAUGGAACAAAGCCGAAGCAGCUGCACUAAACCAAAAGAAAAUGGGCAUCGAUGAUGGAUCUGUUAGGAUGCUCUCCUCACUUCUUGUUACUGCAUUAUCUGGGUGUGUUAACGUGCUCUUGACAAAUCCCACAUGGGUAGUUGUUACCAGAAUGCAGGGAAUUCUUGUUUUUGCCUCUGUUAUGGCUACACUGGGACUGCAAAUAAUCUUGGAUUUUGUUCGCACAUUAAUAUCAUUUGUAACUUUAUUUUUUGCAUUUUUUCUAGAGGCAAAGUUGACACCCAAACUGGAAAAUGCAUUCAACUUGACCAGUGAACAAGAGUGUUGGGUUGUGGUCUGUGCCCAGGAUCACUUUUUUGAUGUGAUCACUAAUGUCAUCAGCCUUAUUGCCGCACUUUUGGCAAAUGUGUCUCGCAUAGCUAUGAAAAGCAUAUGGGGGCCCUUUGGAUUGUGGCUCAGAGUUUUUGUUGGAUUGAUUUCUCUAUGCAGAACUAAACGAUGUUGCUCUUUGAACGAUGAAGGUUUAACAUUGUUGGAAUUUCGGGUAAGAAUAACUUCUGAUCCUUUUGGUGCUCUGGAAAAUUGGAAUCCAAAUGAUUGCAACCCUUGCAAGUGGUUUGGUGUUCGUUGGUUCUAGACAAUCUAUCUUUGGAAGGGAUGUUGGCUCCUGAGCUUCGGAAAAUUAGUCAUCUAAAAUCCAUCAGCUAGCUUUGUAUACCAUUUACACAUGGUUAAUGAUAGUGUUGGAAAAUGUGAAUUCCCUGGUUGGAAGAUUGACAGUGCCAGAGUAUCUUCAGAAAAUGUGAAUUCCCUUACAAGAGGCUUAGAGAAUGAUUAUAUUUGCUUGUUUUAUGAUGAAUUAUCAUCCUAGAUUUGAAAGAUUAUGGACAAACCUUAAAAGUAGUAAGACAAUGUAUAUGUAUGUGAUUUGUUGUUA